AUGUCUACAUCUCAGCUCACAAGUCUACCCACCUAUUCUUCUACAUCAACGUCACGUCUCAAAUAUCUGUAUUCCGACUUUUCUCUACAAAAGCACUCAAACCCAUUGUCUUACUCUUCAAAUAUUGAGUGGUGGCGGAGAACACUGGAGGAUGUUAUUCGCAAGGGAUCACUUUCGCAUCGGAUGGGACAAUCUCCCGCGAGGUCAGAAAGGCUCAUUCUGCAUGCUAGUGGGGCUGCGCUUUCGGAGGAUUUCAGAUUGGAGGGCGUAGGCAAGCCAUUGAGCCUGCCAACAAUAAUAACGGAGCUCUGCGAGCAUAAAGCCUUUUUCCCACUUUCUGAAUUUCUCAGCGCGUCGACUUCCGUAUAUGACCCGGGAUGGUUACCCUUCCGAAUAGCUUCGUAUGUUGUCGGAAAGCCAUUAUGGUGGGCGUUACAGCAGCUCAACAUUGUAAGCAACGAAGAAGAUGCACUAGGUCACGCUGGCUACGGUGAUCAGUGGAAGAAAGUAAAGGGCGACUAUGUUGUGUUAAGCUUGGUAGAGCAGGCCGCCGAUGCCAUUAUACAGAGACAACGAGAUAAGACGACCGGUUCUCUAGCUGAUCCGCUAUACAGCUUGGAUAGCUUCCGGAGGGAGUUCGCCAAUCAGGCGUUUGACGACGUCAUGCUUUCAGACUUGGAUGUAGAAGUGCUCAUAAAGUUCUUAGAACGUGACAGGAAGGUUCUAGUCAUUCAGAAAGAGGUAAUGAAGUUCGUAGAGACUGGUGGCGCGCAAUCACGAGAUAUCACUCCAGUGGAUGAGGGAUUGCUGGAGAUAAAGACCGCCCUCACCAAAUUGCAAGCACAGAUUGAUGGUCUCCAAAAACAGAUAGAUCGUCGUUCUCAGCAGGUCUCUGUAGCUCUCCGUCAAAAGCGAAAAGAGGUGGCACUCAGUCAUUUACGGACCAAAAAGCAGCUAGAAGAUCUGCUCAGUAAACGCGUUAAUUCUCUGGAUACGCUGCAAUUCACCCUUCACCGCGUAGAGGCAUCAGCAGGGGACGUCGAAAUCAUAAAAUCUUACGAAUCUUCUACCGCCACCCUCCGUGCAAUCCUCGCCCAUCCUUCGCUACAGCGAGAAAGAAUCGACGAUACCAUGGAUGCACUGGCAUCCGCCAAUGCCGAUGCGAAGGAAAUUGACGAUGUCAUUCGCAUGGGUGUCGUCAUGACACAAGCUGAGGCUGGUAUUGAUGAUUCCGAUCUGGAGGAAGAGUUGAAACGGUUGGUGGCCGCCGCAGAACAAGAGAAUGCGGAGAAGGUCAAGGUGGAAAGGCAGCGGCUCGAAGAUGAGGGACACAAAGCCAUACAAGAGCGACUAGUCUCAAAGGCGCUGCGUGCACCGUCGGAUACUAUGAACAAAGGUGAAGUGCUCACCGACGACGAAAUAGAACCGAUUAGCGAGCCAUUGGCUCAAUGA